CGAAUUGAAAUUAUUUUCAUCAUCUGCAGCUUCCGCUGCCUCUGUAUCGCACUCAUCAAUUGUCUCGGUAGAAGAAUCUGAACCCGCACUUGCUUAAUCGGUGAUUACUUUUAAGUGAAAAUGGGGAUUAUAGAAAAGAUUAAAGAGAUUGAAGCCGAGAUGGCGCGCACCCAGAAGAACAAAGCCACAGAAUAUCAUUUGGGACAGCUCAAGGCUAAGAUAGCAAAGCUGCGUACGCAGCUGCUGGAGCCCCCAAAGGGUUCUAGCGGAGCUGGAGAUGGUUUUGAAGUCACAAAAUAUGGCCAUGGACGUGUUGCACUGAUAGGUUUUCCCAGUGUUGGAAAAUCAACACUUUUGACUAUGUUGACUGGAACACACUCAGAAGCGGCAUCGUAUGAAUUCACCACGCUUACAUGUAUCCCUGGUAUUAUUCACUACAACGACACUAAAAUACAGCUUCUUGAUCUUCCUGGGAUUAUUGAAGGUGCAUCUGAAGGAAAGGGACGUGGUAGACAGGUUAUUGCAGUUGCCAAAUCAUCAGAUCUUGUACUAAUGGUUCUGGAUGCUUCCAAAAGCGAAGGACACCGGCAAAUCUUAACAAAGGAAUUGGAAGCUGUUGGCUUGCGAUUAAACAAAUAUCCACCUCAAAUAUACUUCAAAAAGAAAAAAACUGGGGGAAUAUCUUUCAAUAGUACACUACCAUUGACACAUGUGGAUGAGAAGCUCUGCUAUCAAAUAUUGCACGAGUACAAAAUUCACAAUGCAGAGGUUUUGUUUCGCGAAGAUGCAACUGUGGACGAUCUUAUUGAUGUUAUUGAGGGCAAUCGGAAGUACAUUAAAUGUGUAUAUGUGUACAACAAGAUAGAUGUUAUUGGUAUUGAUGAUGUGGACAGAUUAGCACGACAGCCUAAUUCAAUUGUCAUUAGCUGCAACUUAAGGCUUAAUCUGGACAGAUUGCUUUCCAGAAUGUGGGAGGAAAUGGGUCUUGUCAGAAUUUAUACAAAGCCUCAGGGCCAGCAACCCGACUUCUCAGAACCGGUGGUCCUCUCUGCUGGUCGAGGCGGCUGCACUGUCGAAGAUUUUUGUAACCACAUCCACCGGAGCCUUCUAAAAGAUGUGAAGUAUGUUCUGGUGUGGGGCAUAAGUGCUCGGCACUACCCCCAGCAUUGUGGCCUUGGUCAUGGCCUUCAGGAUGAGGAUGUAGUGCAAAUUGUCAAGAAAAAGGAGAAAGAAGAUGGAGGAAGAGGGCGGUUCAAAUCUCACACAAAUGCGCCUGCUCGGAUUUCUGAUCGAGAAAAGAAGGCUCCUUUGAAGACAUAGAGCUGGAAUGAUGCACACUAAGAACUACUCUCCCUGCUUAUUUAUCGACUACAUCUAAUUAUUCUGGUCGAUACGAUGAUGAUGAUGCGGCAAGAAGGAUAACUAUAACAAUCCUUUUAUAAGUAAGUAAUCUCUUAUCUCUCAAGUGGCAACCAUUUUUUAGUAAGUAAGCUCUGUACUGUAGAGUUUGUGUUUAUUUCCAUUUUUGAAGGAAUUAUGUGAUGCUUGUUUUCUUAGCAUGCUUGAGAUUUUGUGGCAAGUGACAAACAUUUUUCAAUGGUUUAUUUGUGUUGUUUUA